AUUGUCGAUACGAUCAAAGAAGAAGAAAUUUUUGAUGACUCUCUCGUAGUGCACUGAGAUAGAAAGAUGCUUCCUGCGGGAAAUGGUCAACCAAAAGCAGAACGAUUAUCAAUACACGUCACCGGAAUAAAUACUGAUAAAAAUUUAAAAACUCCGAUUCUCUCUGAUGGCACAGGUGAAAGCCAAGCUUCAGCCAUUUUUGAAACGCUGAUAGAGUGGGAUCUUUGCGAUAAUGUUAAAGCAAUGUGCUUUGAUACAACUAGUUCAAAUACCGGUUGUUUUAAUGGCGUAUGUGCAUUAUUAGAAGAUAAAAUUGGCCGUGACUUAUUAUAUCUUGCUUGUCACCAUCAUACUUCUGAAUUGAUGUUACGAAAUGUUGCAGAAGUUGCUUGGCCAGUGACGAAUAGUCCAAAUGUACCAAUUUUCAAAAGACUCAGAGAUAAUUGA